AUGUCCCCUUCACGAGGUAUCGCUCCGUACAAAAGUGGUGCCUUGGUCGUAUUUGGUGAAAAGAGCCCCGGAUUGGCGAAUGAAGUCGUAGUUAGUCGCCUCAACCCGAACGCCUGGAGAGCUUCUCACGGGAUUGAUUCAAGGAAUUAUCGGAGGCGCCCACAAUGUGCUUUCCAAUUACUCGUCAUCUCAUUUCAGCAAUCAACUAACGUACCCUCGGCUUCCGGCGCGAGUUUCAUCACCCAACCCUCAGCAGCCGGAGGCUCGGUUGCCCACGCAGCCCCCACCUUCAACGCCGCAGCCGGAAGCCCGGUAGAGCAAGAAAUCGCAGCUUUUGCUACGCGGCGACCGGAAGUGGUUAGGCCUGAAUUUGCGACUGGACCUCCUCUAACCCUCGAGGAAUCAGACAUUCGCCGAACACAAGUCCUAGACGCUGCGGUAGAAGCACAACGUCAGCGAGCGGAAGAUGCGCGUCGACUUCGCGAAGAGCAAUUCAAGGUGGAGCAGAUGCACGAGAAGGAACGACAAGAGCAAAUAAGGGAAGAAAUGAAGAAGCGCCGUGACGAAAUGAUCCAUCAACUUGAAGAGCUAAAGGAAGCCGAAAGGCGCCAAAAAGAAUUGCUGGCCGAAAAGGAGCGGUUGGCUGAAGAAGCCCGCGCCCUCAUCGCCCAGCGAAAUGAGGCCCUGGCUUCUGCCAACCAUGAUGGAAUUACCGAUGUUAAUACCGCAGUCAGAUACAAGUUGAAGCCCAGCCAGUGCGCCGCCAUCAACAAGUUCACGCGGGUGUUCAAAAUCACCGACCCGUCGGACUGGAUUCAGAGGAAUUGCCAGUUUGCGAAGAGGUACUUCCCCCAAGCCUCGUGCACCCAAAUCCAAAACCUCAUCGAGUCGUGCUUCGUUUUCCUGAUGAUGUUG